GCGUGCGCACAGCUAAAUCGGCCCAUCUCCCCUUACGUCUCCUUAUACUGUUCCUGCUUUUGCCCCUUUGUUUUGCAGAGCGGAGUCCUAAAUUGGGUUUGGAGCUGUUGCAUAUUGAGGCAAUACUUUUUAGUUUAGUUUUGCAAUCCUCCGUGAGUGAACCUCAUGAUUGUUAGGACUGUUGGGAAUUAUUCCCCCACACCGGCAUGGAUUAUUUAUUUAGGGUACAUCUAUACUGUGGCACAACGUGUUAAAGCGCUGGGCUGCUGAACUUGCAGACCAAAAGGUCGCAGGUUCGAAUCCGGGUAGUGGAGUGAGCGUCCGCAGUUAGCUCCAUCUUCUGCCAACCUAGCAGUUCGUAAACAUGCAAAUGUUUUGAGAUGGAGGGAGCAGCCUGACUUGGACAUUCUGUUCAAGUUCUAAUUCCAUGAGACAAGACAACAACUUCCCAAAGACAUGAGGAAAAGACUGUAUGUGUCUAGGAAUUAGCAGCGCUUUCAACAUGGAGAGACCCUCUCUUCCUUGGCUGCAACGAUUUGAUAAAGCUUCUCGUCUCCUUCUGUCUACAUUGAUGUCUGGGCCAAGCGGGGCCUUAGCUGCGUUCCGGACCCUUCAACGCUCCCAGUUUGGAGAAGAAGGAAGGCAAGGCUUCAACUGGCGUGUAUUCACUGAGUAUUUGUGUUUUCAAGAGCCUGUGCUCAAGGGACCCGAAAAGACCCUCAUCUUAAAACCAAUACUGCUGUUGCUCCCAGCGUUGUGCCAAAGAAAUCUUUUUUCCCUGCUGCUUAUUCUGGAGUCUGCAAUUCCCAAAGACUGCCUCAGCCAUCUUCUUCAUGCCUCUAGGCAGGAUCCUUGCCCAGAUCUAUGGGUGGAAAGACUGAGAGAUUUACUACAGGUGGGACUGGAAGGGAAGAGCUCUUUGAAACCAAGCUUGUUAUCAGGUGUCUCUGAACAGCAGCUGAAACAUCUGUGCCAGAAGGUUAUGGCUAAACAUAGCAAACCUAUUUCAGAAAGGAAGUUAAGCUGGCAUGUUGAACAGGCAGAUUCCUGCCUAGUUCCUCAUGGAGAUACACCUAUUUCUGGAACUCAGAGUAGGAAAAAUAAGAAACCUGCUGAAGAACCUCUGGAUCCUGAAGAAGAGAGACAGACGAAGAGGUUGCGACUGGACACAGAAAUGGAUACAGACUUUAUAGAACCACUUGGUGUAUUGAAGGGAUUUGAUGGUCCUAAUGCAGGGAACAAACUCAUGAUGAAAAAUUCUGCAAAUGAAGAUAUUCACAAUCUGAGUGACAAUGUCAAUCAAAAUACAUCUAAGGAGACUGCAAUAGAAAAAGGGGGUACAAAUCAGAAUCCUCCACAAGAUCCUGCAGCCGGUGUUCCUGAUCAUAUCAAGGUACAUGUACCAAAACUUAAGGAACGGCUACAGAUGCAGUAUGAUCAGUCUGAUAGGACCGUUCCUCCUGAAUUGCAGAUUCUCAAUGAGUGUACUCCAAGUCAGUUGGAGGGCUUGUGCUCAUUACUACAGCUCUCAGAGUGUCCUGAGAAUGAACUCCUGCAGUUCUGCACUUGGCUAGUGGCACUUUCCCCUGACCUCAGCUAUAGUAGCACAGCAGUACUUGUUGCAAAGCUAUUCCUACCCCGGGUUCUCUUGCUGACAGAGCCAGCCUCCUGGACUCUAACAACUGCCCUGAUGGUCUUCUCUUCCAAGUACACUCGCUCUGUCUGUUGCACCUUGAUAUCUUCAAUUUUACAGGCUCCAGGGAAAGGCCACGAGCAAAUAAAAAUAGUGUGCAAGCUCAUUGAAGAAUGUUUGGAACCUGAAUAUGUGAGACUGGUAUUCAGACACAUUACAGAGGUUGCAUGGUCAGAAGAUAUUCUCACAAUUUUGCAUUCUUUGCUGGGAAGACAGGUAGAACUGUCCACUGAAAUCUUCAAUGUUUUGGUCUUAAAUCUUUGUCACAUGGCUCCAGAAUGUGCCUCAUCAAUGCAUUAUGCAAAACUGCUUCUGGCUGUGUUGACAAAAUAUCAAAAAAGUAUUACAUUGGCCCACCAGCAGCGCUUAUCUUGUGCUCUUGAUCUCAAUAAAACGCUUUUGAAGAAAUCUCUGCAGAUUGCACUGAAGCGAGUGGCUUCUGGAUGAAAAAUAUGUCAGAUAAAAAAACUGAAUGGCUUUUCUGCAUGGGAAAUACAGGAAGUUAACCAUAUUCUUCGCUGAUGAUAACCACAAUAUGAGAAUGAUUGCAGACCAGCUUCAAGUUGGAAGAAUCAGAAACACUUAUGUCUAUUAUACCAUUAACUCUUUUCCUUGUCUUGCUUGACGUAAGCGAUGAAAUACAAGCCUGGCACUUUAAUGAGUCAUAUUUGAUGUAUGUUCUGUCUCAAUUGGUAAUGUAAAUUUACUUAUUUAUAUGUUUUAGUGUUUUUAAAUAUACAUUAUUUGUUAAAUAUAAACAAGUAGGGCAUGUAAACAGUGGGUGUAGUAACUUCUUACUAUGACAUUUGCCGAGGCCAAUAGCAAUGUCUGUCUCUUCAGGCACCUUGAGAUGGAUGAGAGAUUUGUCUGAUAAAGUGCAAGUGUGUUGAGAGUUUGCAGUAUUCAUUGCUGUUAUUCUUACGGUUUAAAUGUAUACUUUAAAAAGACCUGUUGUCCCUCCAGCAUGCCUACAGACUGGAACCCCACAAAUCUAAUCAUAGUUAUACAGUAUUGCAAACAAGCAAUUUUUCUCUGUAAGAUCAAGUGCUUUUCCUCACUUGAGUGAUAAGCCAAGAAUAUACUACUCUUACAAUUUCUGCCUGUUUUGAGUCCUGACAAGAUUACAGUUUCUUAUAUCUCCCAACUAUAUUUGCAGACCAAUUAUGUGGGGUUGGUGAGAAUGGAAAAAGCAUCUCCCCCUUUUUAGGAAAGUCUAAAAAUUUAAACAAUAAUUGUUGACUUUCACCUUACAUUAAUCUUGACAAAUUUUGAAGUGCCAAUAAUAACAUUAGUUUAUUGAACAAAAUAAGUUUCCACUUCUGUGCUACUUAAAGGAGGGGUGCAUCUACACUGUAGAAGUAAUGCUGUGUGAUAUCACUUUUAAGUUCUAUGGUUCAAUGUUCUGCAUUGUGGUUUUACAAGGCCUUAAACCUUCCCUGUGAAAGAGUGCGAGUGCCUCAGCAAAUAUCACAGCAUUGAGCCAUGGCAUUUAAAGUGAGGUCAAACUGCAUUACUUCUACAGUGUAGGUGCAUCCAAGAACAGAAGAUAUUUUAGUCAUAAAGAAACCAUAGCAUUUGUAUGAAUGUUAAUUCUCACCAAGGAUGGGCAGCUGUGGCCCUCCACAUGCUAUGACUCCCAUCAUCCAUCAUCUUUUGCUGUGACGCCUAAGGCUGAUGAUAGAAGUUGUAGUUUGAUGACAUGCUGAGGGUCAUAGUUGCCAACUGCAGUUUCAUACCUGCAAACAUUUCAGAAAUGAACACUGACACCAAACAACCAAGCAACAUCAGUGUAGUCAGGAUGAGAAAGCUAUCAAGUGGGGACAUGAGGUAUGAGAGCUUGCAGCAGUUUGCUUUUGGCCCGCAGGUGUAACAUUGAGAGCCAGCAUAGUGUGGUGUGAGCAUUGGACUACAUCUCUGGAGACCAGGAUUUGAAUGCCUACUCUGCCAUGGAAAUACUGAAGGAUGUUGGGCCAUGCACAUGCUUAUCUUCAGAGGAAGGCAAAAGCUAACUUCCUCUGAGAAAUCUUGCCAAGAAAACCCCGUGAUAGGUUUGCCAUUAACUGAAAAUGAUUCAAAUACUUCCCCAUAUUAUUGAAGGAACACAAUAUAAAGAAUAUACAUACCCAUGCAAAUUUUGUAACUUAAAAGUUACGAAAUUGAUUGUUCAGGUGAGAGCUGAGUUAUUAUGAACCAGUUUUCAAAGUAACAUCAGAUCCUACUUAUUUUAGUAAAUGUACAGAUGCCAUUAUUUGCUUUUUGAGUUGUUAGAAUAAAUAAUAUAGGAACCUAGUUCUUCGUUGAGGCAGAAUAAUUGCUUUAUGGAUUGUGAGCUCAUAUGUCCUAUUAGCUUUUUUUCAAAUAAAACAAAAUGGUCCACA